AUGAUCGGCGUCAAAAAGAGUACUAGUCUGGACGUGAUCCGCGACUUUUCCAGUGCAAUUGGGGAGCAGACCAAGCAGAAUGUGCGCGAGCUCGUGGAGUGCGACUUCAGCACGACGGGCCUGGUGGAGCUGACUGUGUCACAGCUGGCGCUUAUGGACGCCAUGCAGCCGUAUUUCAACUACCACAUGUGCGUCUGCGGCAUCCCGAAGAUUACGCUUACAGGGACGGUCGAGGACUGGAAGAAGGUCCGUGCGAAAGCCGCCGCUUUGGCAGCAUACGAUCUGGAUUGGUGGCUCCAAGAGCUGCUCCCCAUCCUCGACCAUUUCGUUACCGCCCGGGAGGGGCGUCCUGACGUCAGCUUCUGGCGUCGCAUCUGCCGGCAGGACGGAGGGACAAUCACUGGGAACGCGUACAACAAGGUCCCGGACUUCAUUAGCGGCUGGCUGUCCGUCUUCUUCCCGUACAACAAGCAGAACAAGCGGCGUGAUCUCCGCUGGGACGCCCCCAAGCCCCGGCCUUGGGCUCGGAACAGCGGGGUCGUGCCGCGCGAUCCCGAAGCCUCCAAGGACCAGUCUGCGGAGUUCGGGCUUCGCAUCUACAACAGCGACUUGCCAUCGGGCAUGUCGAGCGCGCCGGUGGAGAUAUCGUCUCCUGGAGGGAAGCUCCGCAUGAGGCUUUUGGGAGGCUUUGUUGGGGUGCAACAAGAUCCAGAGACCCUGACCCUGAGGCCCGCGCUUUCGUGGUGCGCAGCGGAGUGUGUGGCAGUAACGCCGAAAGAUUCGGGCAGUUCAGCCCCGGGAAAGAGUCAGAAGAGGCGGAAGCUCAGCUAA